AUGAUCAACAUUGGAAAGAUUGUUUUGGAAGCCGCUGUGAAAGCCGUUGUUAAGGAAGGUGUCUCUGCCGCAGUUCGAGGAGCGACAAAAUCUCGAGCAAAUAUUCCAACUGCAGACAUUCAAAGAUACAUCAAGGUCAUCGAGAGUAAUGUUGACGAUAUUAAAUCAAGACUGGAUGGAAUUGCAAUGAAAGACCUUCUAGCAAGUGCAAGCUUCUUCAAUGAAGGCUUGCUGUACUUGGACAGAGUAUUUGAUAAGUUUCAUUUGUCUGAUUUUCAGACAAUUACAGCAAAAGCGGAAGUGAAAACGGAAGGUGGAAAACUAAAGGUUGACUUUCCAUCAACAACAGCGUGGAAAGCAGUGUUGUUUCUUGCUAAAGGACUUCACGAGUUGGAUGAAUCAACUAAAAGAGCAUUAUGUGAUGCCAAAGAGAGAUUCAAAGAUGCCCGCAGGAAAGCUACCAAAGCAUUCUGCAACGAGGCUCUAGAAACAAGUCAACGCAUUUUAGCCAUGAAAUAUCGUGUUAUUGCGACCAUACUAGAGAAAAUUGAAUAUCCUGAAGAAGCGAUACCCCUGUGCAAAUUAUGCCUUGAAGAGCUUCACUCUGAUCCAGUCGUCAAGCAAAGUUUCAUGAUCACGAAACAGAACCAAACAAUUCAAAAGGAAGUCCGUGAGUUAAAUAGCCUCGUCUGUGACGCCACACAAAUGGUUAGUGGAGGCGGAGCGCUUCUUGCUUGGCCUUGUAUUGUGACAGGAAGCGGGAAAAUCGAUCCUGUACACGAGCGAACGCUCAGAGAACAUUGUUGUCAGACAUGGUCGUUUGGGCAGAGUGCGAAUGAUGACCACAGGCUAAAGUUUGCGUGGAGCAUUUCUUCUAAUUCCCGCGGAGAAUUUAUUGUUGGGGAUAGCGUAGAUCGCAACAUUAAAGUGUUCGAUGACCACGGAAUGUUUCUGUAUUGCCUCCAUCCUUUCGCUUAUGAAGAGCAAUCUGAGUAUGAAAGAGAAAUAUGGAACAUUGCUUGUGACCAGCAAGACAAUAUCUACGUGCUGACAUUGAUUAGAAAUCAGGAUGGUCGUGCUGAUGUGAGCGUAGUGUAUGUGUUCAACGAGCAGGCUCAUUUGAUUCAAAAGUUCACUCUGAGGGAAGGCUUUAGAGGAUACGCGCUGACAGUCGACGACUUCAAUCGAAUUUUUGUAAGUGGAGGAAGCUUUUCAGUUUGCUUCAAUGAUACGGUGGAAGUGUACGAGGGCGAUGGAAUGUUCAUUCAAAGCUUCGGAAAGGAGACGUUGAAUAACGCACAAGAUAUUGCGGCAACUUACGAUGGUCAUUCGUUAGUUCUGGACACUGAUAAAGACUCCACAUGUCUUCGCGUGUUCAGUGCAGAGGGUCACCAACUUACUAGGUUUUCAGUUGCAGGGUCGAUGCCUGACACUGGUGCGGCUGUGGAUUUUCACCGCCCGAGUGAAACAGUUCUUGUUGCUACAAUGCAGUCCGAAAACCAUCUGGAAGUGUCUAUGUACUCCAAAGACUUUAAGUUUGUGCGUGUCAUUCAAUUUAGACCCCAGGGAGAUAGCAGCUUUAUAACAGGGGUUACUGCGACAGUGAAGGGAAGCAUUGCUGUACCCUGCAAAAACACAGUACUCUAUGCUUGAAAAUUAGGCGAUCCUGGGGAUACAUUUUAGCCGGGAAAUUCUAAAUACGAACCACAAGGACCAGAAGAACGUCCGGUUAUUGUCUAGUUAAACCUAUAAAGCGUUAGCUUUGCCCAGCGUCGGUUAGUCUGCUACACAGCCGUUUUUAGAGUCGUCACGCAACGCUCCUCCCAACUAGUAGGAGAGGAGUUGCGUGACGACACUAAAAACGGCUGCGUAGCAGACUAAGCGUCGGUUUAUAGCAUUGAGAAACCGCUAUAUUCCCAGACUAACGAAGCCCAUACCUUAUAUUUUUGUUUUCUUUUUUCAUUAGCAGCCUUCAGAAGCGGCUGGCAACACUACACAUUGAUUGAAUUUAUUAAAUUGUGUAGCAUUAUAGGGUAAAGUAACACUCACUUUAAAGUUCACAAUUUUAAUGGCGGCUAGGCUUAGCUAAAAAAAAUCAGGAUUUUUUUUAGAUUUUUUGACGUUCAAAAAAUUUUUGGUAAAAAUCUUAGUUGAGAUUUUAUACGAAUUUAGUAUGUUUUUCGAAGAUUUUCAGAACUUAAACUGAAGAGUCAAAAUAUACAUCUAGGUAAAAUAGUUGAAAAAAUAUCAAGAGUUAUUGCUGCCCAGUUCUGUAGUUUUUUUUCGAGUUUUUCGUAUUUCCUUUCUGGAUGAUUUAUAGCUUCUUUGAUUUGUUAUCGUAUGGUUUUUGACACCGGCAGAUAUAUUUGCCCUCAUACAAUCAACCAAACAAAGGAAAUUCAAUUUUAAUUUGAAAGUUUAUACUUGAGUCUCUCAGUCCACUGAUUUAUAAACAGAGUAUCGCAUGCACGAUUGAUUUGAUUUUGUUCUUGAAAUUCAUUUUGUAUGUACUUCAAGUAUACAAAGGCAAUGACUGUAACAUGAAUUUACUCAACAGAAAUCGCCAAUAAAUGACUUUUAAACAAUAGGGCGUGCAUUUUGUCCUUCGCCUGAUCGGGGAAGUAAAAUUGGGCGUUGGUCCUAAACAGGGUCAGGGUUUCAAACCCAAAGGGGCUCACCCAUAACCAAAUACUGCCCGAGUACUCGUAUCCCCGGGAGUUACCCAAAUAGCGACAGAACAGCAUGCAAGGCCCCUGGCUCCCAUACCAAAUGAUAAUUUUACCUCGAUUUUCUUUUUCUUCAUCAAAGGAAUAAAUGUUGUGAAUCUCUUUACCAAGUUUUGCUGAAACCCAUUACGCAGAACAACCGAAGGGUUCCCCUAUACCCAAAAACUUCUGCUCGUAGGGUAGGCACUUAAAACUGAAAUCAGCAAAUUUGAAUUAACCCUCAACUCAGUUUGCUUAACAACGAAGCACCAACAAAACUCUUUUUAAUUUUUUCCGUGCAUUCCAGACCAUAUUGAAAUGUGAAAGCAUUGGUGUUUGAGGAGAGAUGAUGAAAACCGGCGUACCCGUAGAAAAACUCAAGUUCUUGGUGCAAACGAAAGAACUAACAACAGGGUAUAGUUUUUACUUUUGUCCUCUCUGUCCUUAACAGGGUGUAUCAUUUUGGGCGAGUUUAACAAAGAAAGUGUCGAUAGAUGGGAAAUAGCGACUCUAGGAUAGGGAUGGAUUUGGGGUGUUUAGACUAGUAUAGGGUACCAAAAUUCAACUGAAUUAGGUCUGGUUUAUGCUAGCGUUCCAUUUCGAGAAAACAGGGGGAAAAGAUUUUUGGCAGUGCAUUACCCGUGACGAGAUUAUAACAGAUUAUAAGACCAAAGCUGUGAUGAUGCAUACCAGCGAAGGCACAACAAUAGUGACACAGCAGGAAAAGGUUACAAACGCGCAACUUUGUAGGAAUUAUAAUCUUUAUACACUGCUCGGCUCGGACGCGAGGAAUUCAAACAGGUUAACUUAGUAACUUUAUAAUUUUCUCUUUAACGUUCUGUAUUUUCUGUAACCGUUAUAUAUCCUGACUGAAUAACACUUCGAAAAAGUGUUUUAUAGGUCGAUAAACAUGCCUAAAACAAAGACCAGAUCUCGGCGGAAGAGAGAGCUAAUCAAGUAUGACAGGACUUGCCAACGAUCAAUUAAAAUAAUUAGCAUAGAAAAAAAUUUGCGCUCCAUAAGUCUGCAUAGAAAAAACAUUUUUUCCUAGAAUUUUUUUUAAAAGAAAGCUCUUGGUGAGCUCUAAUUAAUCAUCUAAAAAUUGCAAAUUUCGAAAAAGGAUGAUUUUUUACCCUGGAUAAUACCUUUAAGGCUUAAACUAACCCCCAAAGGAGACUAUACUAAAACAGAGCUAUGGAUCUAGUAAAUGCCACGGAUGUUGUGUUAUUAGGUUUCUGUCAAGUCAGUGUCACGACAUUUUUAUGUUUCGUUCGACAUCUGAAUCAACGGUCGAACUUAUGUCAUUUGGGUAGAACCAAGGAGCUAAAUGGAUAUACAUGUAUUAGUCGCGUACAUGAAAAGAUUGACGUUUGAACUGGGCCUAAGAAAAAUAAAAUAAAAUAAAGUUCAUCACGGGGAUUAUUGUCGUAUCUUCCUGUCUCAAUCAAAAGCUUGUGGCUGCUUAUUCCUAGUUUCACUAAUGCUUUCCUAGAAAAAAUAGUUUUAAGUAGCCCCCAGGGGCUCUUGGCACUCGUGGCUACUCUGUAAACAUUAUUUCCUUUUAGAUCAGGCCAAGUGAAACAACCAUAAAAUUGAAAGAAAAACUUGUUAAAGUUUUUAUCUUCCAUUAAAUAAUUCCUAUUUUAACCGAUCCUGUGAAGAGAGAAGAGAGACUUCAAUUUCUAGGUUGCGUGACAAGUGUUUUUGAUACACCCUGUGAUGCACCGUACACUCACGCUCGUCGCUCCCAUGAUGCCCUCUGCCAGGAUUGUCUGACUUCCUCAGUUGCCAAACGUUUUAUGCGUCGAUACAACAUCGUCAAAAUCGACGAGAAGGAACUGAAGGUGUAUCCAGUUUUAAGCCAAGUUAGUUGAUUUUCUUAUUUUUCGUCUUCUUCAAGAGAACAUAAUAAAAAGCCUUAUGUUCUCUUGGCUGCUUUCAUUUGACUUUCUCACUGACGUUAUGUAUUUGGGUUUAGGCCGAUGUCAUGUGAUCACUCUCUCUCUUCUCCACGGCAAUGUUGAAAAUGAGGUAAAUUCCUCGGUAUUUUCUCUUUCUGUUAGUUACAGUGGAAUUUUUGACAACAAUGGUUUAACACUGUGAGACACUGUGAAAUGUUUGUCCAGAUUUUUGAACCCAGAAGUCAUUUCAUAAGUAGGUGCACGAUAUCUUUCAUCGUGAUUUUAUUUAGACCUUAAUUCCAUACUCAACUGUUGUAUAUGUCGAUCCACGAUAAGUCAGAAAACAAACCAUAGGAACAAUCAGAUAUAGUUCAAAUAUUUAUCGUAAAGAAAACAGACAAUUUUAUUGUAUCUAAACGUCUUGCGUGACGGAAAAGUUUGAUGGCAAGUCCUACAACGUAAUAAAGCUUCAGGAUAAGAGCUUUCUUUUAUAUGGGGAAAAGGGGCAGUUUUAAUAGCAUUAGAUGUUUCGAAAAACGUACUUACUGCUUACUUUUAAAGGUAAUGUUUGCUAGGUAAAGCAGUUACUCUUUAUAAUGGAAGCCUGAGCAAGGGUUUCUCUGAAUUUUCCUUGCUUUGCAGGGGUCAAACAAGCAUAAACAUUUAUUAACACUUCCAGAAAAGCUUUCAUAUCGACUGCGAGAUGUUUCUGCUCCCCUUAGAGCUGAUUUUCACACACUAGGCAGAUCUAGCAAAGAAAACGUGAGGACAGUAUGAAACAGUGGCGAAAGUGCGCGCAGAAUUAAAAUCCGGCUUAACCAAUGGAAUCGACGCGCUUUCGUGUUCUCAUUUGACUACGUUAUACCUUUCCAUAGGCAUCAGUUACGUGUCCUCCUGAAACAUGUACUUUUAAAAAUCCCUUCAAACAGAUCAGAACAGAUAUAUACUACACUAUACUACACUACACUAUAUACUAUAUACUAUACCAUACUAUACUAUAUACUUAAUGUGACUUAUGCAUCUAAUUCAGGAUAGUGUUUUCGCUCUUAAUUUUUGCAACUUCUUGGAGAGAGCCCUGUGAACGAGGUUAUAAUAUAUCUAUGGACGAAAAAGUUCGUUUCACAUCAGAACUCCUUAAGGCUACCGUAUCAUCAGAUAAACGAUAAAAAUGCUGAACGGUGAAAGUAAAACCUCGUUGAUACGACCACUAAUGGGCGACAAAAUCCUGGUUGUAUUUAGAUGAGAAGAUGCCUGAGUUUCAACAGGUUGAUCGAAAGGCGGACCCCAUUGUACCGAAUUGGCCGUGUAAACCCAAAACACUCUUGGAAUGAAUUAUGAAUCUUUCAAAAGAAACGGCUCCAUCUGUAUUCAGUUUCACAUGGUACUGUUUGUUUUUCCGCUCAUUGGAUUUUUUUGUCGAGUUUUGGCUUUGGCCAACCUCUAGGAUUCAAAGCGUUAAGAUAAUUGAUUGAUUGACUGUUUUUUUGUUUUUGUUUUUUGUCUUUUUCUCAGUAGUUUGAAGAAUAAACUACUGUGGUCGAAAUAAAGCCGAGGUGGUCUUAAGGCUGGGCUUCCCUUUAUCCGAGUUUAUUACUUUUCUCUGGUUCAUUAACCUUGUGUGCAAUUUAUCUCUUGUAGGAGAUGUCACAAUGAUGGAACUGACUGCCUGGAAUGUAGACAAGAUAUAACGUGAAAAAUAUGUCGAACUUCCUGGAAAACGACUGCCUUGAUAACAGCGAUGGUAUGAACACCCUCUUGGAGUCGUACUUAGAAGAACUCGAUUCUUGGCAGAGAGGAGUACACAAUAUUAGAAUUAUGCAUCAUGAUGUUUGGAAAGGAAGUAGACUGUCCCCUUAUAUAAAGCAACACCGAGCUGGUAGCAGAGUGGAGAGGCAGACAAGAAUCUUACCUACCGGCGGCCAGACGGAUGUUGAUUACAUGUUUGAGGUCGUUGGACUAGAGGUACUUUGUGAUGGGAACCAAGGUUCCAUGUACUUCAAAUCCUGUCCUUGCGAAAACUUUGUCAGAGAUGCAAACUAUGAUAUGACGAACACAUACGGAAAGAUUUAUGUAAGUUGUGCCUACAAAUCCCGUUUGGAAUCUCAUGAAAUUUAUGGCAAGAUAUUUUCAGACGCCCUUAGUUUUGACGAAAUGGAAAAAGCGUUCUUACUCAUUCCUGGAAAGUUUAAAGAGAAUGUCGUGCUAAAUUGUGGAUUGGAUUACACACGAAACGAAGUUCUUCCCUCCACCGUGAGUCCCUCAAUAUCUGGGCAAGGUGCCUUGAAUGAAUACGAUGGGGUUCCUUGCCUCAGACUUGCCAACUGGCCACACAUAACAUUAAAAUGGGUCACGCGGCUAGGGAAAAAUGACGUCACGUUUCAAAGAGAGUGGAAAUCGGAAGUUGUUCAAAAUGUCCCGCUUUUCCUUGUCCCAACCGGAAAUCCUAUGGCAGAGGAACAGGACUUGCAAUUCCGGUUAUCAUUCUCUAUGGUGGAGAUAGCUUGCUUCCAACAAAUGAGUUCUACAAUGAGGAAGAUGUACGGCAUCGUCAAAUACAUUUUCAAGGAUUUGUUCCAUGUAAGCGGUCUGUUAAGCUCGUACCAUGUCAAAACUCUGAUGCUAUGGAAAAUAGAGCAAACACCGAUUGAUGAAUGGAGGUCCAAGAAAGCGACUGAAUUUAUCAAAGAAAUGAUGGACGAAAUUUAUCAAUCUUUGAACACUAGCAACAUCCCACACUUCUUUGUUGAGAAUUGCAACAUUUUUCCAGUUCAUAAAGUCACCGAUAAAAAUAUUCUCGAAUACUCUACCAUUUUCCAGAACAUGCCAAAACUGCUAAGAGAAACUGUUGAAAAUUUAUUACGUCAAGAUUUGGGAAUUCCAUCCGGUGAAAUGACGCUUAAUUUGGCGAUGGUCAAGUUAGAAAGAAUUCACCACACAGGGUUAGAAGCGUACAUUGCUGGCUACUUGACGAGGCUGCUUAGCGUUAUUACAUUUUCCUUGACAGAGAACUAUGAAGAAAGUCAUGAGCUUGGGAAAGCGUCUUGGGAAGAGAUGAAAAGAAUAUUUGCCAAGUACGAUCACGAUCAGCAUGUUAGCAGAAUCAUUCACAUGGUUAAUUCCUGUAUCAGUCGUCUCGACCCCGGGUCUAGAGUCAUUUGUUCAAGGACUGGUCCUGAAGACUGUUCUAUUAAAAGUGAUAAUAUGAGUCGCUUAGUGCAUGAGGCGUUUGAAGCGUACACGAAAGGAGACUUAACAGGGGCGAUAGAAUACAUCAGAAGCGUAGAUUCUCAUCCGCAAUCCAAUAAUUCUACACCAGAAGGGAUUGGAAUAUCGAUUACCAAAUUUCAUAAAUGCUUGUACAACGACAAACCAAUACGCAAUGUGAUCCAGUUGCUUGAAAAAGAACACAAUGGGCGUUGUCCAAGGUUCUAUUUGGCUCCCUGUCUACUUCUACAACACUUGAAGAUUCAACUGCGAAUGAGCUUUUCUCUUUCCAGUACGGCGGCUCUUCAGGAGGAGAUAGAGGAGCUUCAAAGUAUAGUCCAAAAAUUGUCAUUCAAAGAGCCAUAUCUCGGGAGACUGUCCUAUAGAUUUGCGGGCGUUUACCUUUUACGAGGAUACAAGCAAUUCAUAGGUGAUCAGCAGCUCCAUGUGUCAGUUUCUGUUCCAUCUGAAGAAUUCAAUCAGAGACGUUUUGCAACAAAUUUCAAUUUAAGAUGACUCACCCUCACACCGCUAAAUUCGUUAUAGAAUACAAUACGGUCGAGCCUCGUUAUUACUGACAUUAAAGGGACAGAUCCGACAAUUACUAGUGUUUGCGUUAUGGUUAUACAGCUACGAGAGAGAACUGUUCGUUGUAGAACUAUACCCAGAAAGGGACUGGUUCGACUUUACGAGGUUGUAACUUUUGAGUCCUUUGAUAUAGCCGUCUUCACCACUGAUCACUUUCUUGGGCCUAUUCUUCGAGACCGUAGACCAUAGCAUUUACGAAAUACAUGUGAUGGUGCAAUUUUUUUCUUCACCAGAAAUAAACGUUAUUAAGACUUUCAAAAUUUUUUUUUUCUUUAAAAAUAGGCAAAACGUUCCAUUGUCUGCUCUCCUAUCGGGUGAAUUUCCACUGUCGCGUAAUUUUUCCGUGCGUACGCGUGUAAAUAAAAUAGAGACAAUGAAUGUCAAUGAAGGUCACACAUACGUAAAAGUUGAACCUCUCUCAACUUUUACUAUACACCCUUUUACUACCAAAAGUGGCCAAAGUUAGACUUCAACAAAAUAAAUAAGCCCUAGGCCUUUUUCCGGGCGGCCUAAGCGUUUCGGGUCACGUGAUCCGAGCGAGGUUCUUCCCACAGGAAUCUCUCGACCGUUCGUCUCGAAUACGUCUCUGAAAAGCAAUGACCAUCUCAAUAAGGUAGUAGCUUUGACUAUUGACGGUUAAUUUUUUCUAAUUUUUGACGGUUGGCGAUUAAAUCUUAGAGUUUUUGAAGAGUGACGGUUAUUCAGUGGAAAUUUAGGAUUGUUUCGGUCCAAGAGUUUAAGUAAAUAUAAAUUUCUGUACAAAUGUAAACUUUGGGGCUUUUCUUCUUCUUCCAUGGAACCCCAGCUGUUACAGUCAACUGUUUUAUGGCUUUUCGUGUUCCCUUUCUUAGGCAUUAAUGUUUCUUUGUACGAGUAUAAUAAGCUUUUAUUGCGGGUAGCUCAACGGAUGCCUUUACUCACGCACAAUUAAGUUAGCAAAGAUAACUAUUCUUUGUUCUUAGACCGGAUUUCUAAGACCGUACCUAGAAUUUUUUAGCCAGUUCAAUUAAACAAGUCAACGAGUUCAGGCAGAAGCAUAUGCUUUAGCCUGCGAGCAAGCACUCCUAUUUGGGAGAGCAAAGCAAGCCGCGCGAGAACUCGCAAGCCAGCGGCCGAGGGGCCGCUUUCGAGGAGCUACUUUCGUUUCCUCUUGCGUGCCUCUCGCGCCUGUACUUUUCACCAGCUCCUGCUUUUCACGAUAAAUAUGCUUCCGGUUCAAGUUAAGACAACGUUUUCAACUUUUGUUAUCACUCCCUUAGUCAGAUACAGAAGUAAGUUUGUAACCUUUUUAUCAUUUUUACUUUUUUGUUUAAUCUAAUUCUAGUUCUUGUUAUUUGUUCUUAGUUUUCGAAUCCGCUUUUGUUAUAUCGCUUCAUUUCUCGUUUCAUCGCUUCGCUAGACAACGCUUCACAUCGCUAUGGCGUUUUUUCGUUUUUUGGAGACAGGCCCUCCCCCGCCCCCCUCCCCUCCCCCCCUUAUCUGAAGGUCUGGGUCCGCUACUGUACAUACCGUCCUGUGAGCAACGCGAAUUUAAGUACUUAACGUGGUUCUGCUCUCACACCACCUCCUUGAAAGAUGAGGAUUUGUGUGAGGGAUUCUCAUCUGGAGGUCAUCUUGAACUCUCAUUUAUAAAAUUAUAUUUCAGUUCAGAUAUUAGAAAGUUGUAAGGACUUUCUGUGUCUAUAAAAGAAGUUCUUUGGAGAACAAUGGAAUUGGUUUUUCCAGUUUAAAGACUCUUUAAGAGCCAGAAAUCCGUGAAUGUGAUCAGCUGAAAUAGUUGAGAUUUGAAAUCCCUUGAAACUUUUUGAUGGCUAUUUUUGCAUUUUUGACGGCUGAAAAAUCGAUGAUGGGGCUUUACAAGCAACAAAAUUUCAAACUACAGUGGAACCCCGUUAAUACGGUCACCAACGGGCCAAAAAAAGUUGGCCAUAUUAACGGGUGAUGGCAUUAACGAGGGUUUUUAACAAGAAAAUGUAUGGCCGUUUUGCCUGGCGGCCAAAAAAAAGAGGCCGUAAUAACGAGGUAGCCGGGGGUUCCACUGUACUAAUAUAUAAGAAGUAUUUCGCGCAAAAAUGAAGAAAUCGGGAAAGUGGCUUUACAUGUUGGGGAGAUUGUUUUUGUAGGAGCUACUUGUUUCUCUCACAAGAAAUACAGUCUUUUCACUUUCCAUAUUUAAAAUACCCAAGGAUUAUCGAGGGCAGAAGGGAUUCUCAACUUGUUCCCAAUGCUCCACCAACACUCACCGUUUUUUCCCAAUAGACCAGCGGUUUCAUCAAGUAGACGUUUUCCAUUUGUUUAUACCAACGCGAAAAACAUGGCGGACAGAUUUUGCGAUCGUCGAGGUAUUAUUCUAAGCCUAAUUUUUGCUGGAAGAAUCUUUGGAAUUACGAGGUAAUUCGCAGAUUCCAUACUCACGAUAAAGUUAAUUUCCUUGACUGAUUUUUUGUUUUUGUUUUUAUGUGACAGAUUGGAGCCAGAGAAACCGUUAUUUAACCAGGUCUGAGUUUAAUAAUUAAUAAUAAGCUAAUAAUACAUGUUCAUUACGAUAAACCUAAUUCAGUCCUUUUAGAAGGACUUAUGGUGAGAUUUCUGUGCAGCCUUCUACGUUUAUUAUGCUCACAUGUUUCGUGUGAAAUCAUUUGAGAUUGCUGUAUGCAUAAUAAGUACAUGGGGCUCAGCUGUAUACGGAAAUGUUACCCCAAUCCAUUAACCCAGAAAUGUCAAAAUCACCCAUAAUACAAUGAAUAAUAAGUAAAAAUCACUUUAUCACUACUGAAUAGCCAUUUUUUCCGCUCGGAGAUACUCUUGAUACUAUGCGCGGUUUCUAUGAAAGUGAAUGGAAUCUAUUCUAUUUUAGAUGCUUUAUUCUUUUGCCAAUAAAAAAUCCUAAAGAUUUUUUUUACAUUUACAAUAUUCAGUAAACAGAAAGACGCAUUAAUAUACUGGUCAGUGUAAAAUGUAGACAGCGGACUACUGUUUUCACCAUGCAAAUGAGUACGUGACAAAUAGUCCCAUUGUUUUCUAACCCUAAAAACAAUAGUCUUUCGUCAGUCUGCAGUCUGCAUUUUACACUGCCCCAUAAUAUACGGUACCCUUUGGUGCAGAGCCAGCACCAAUGUUUUUAUGUAUACUUUUCAAAGCUAAGUGACUCUGACAUCAUAAUAUUAUUAGGUUCUGCAGCACCAAGAAACAGUUGUGUACCAUUUAGUACAGCUGAAGCCUGGAAAAAAUUAUGAGCUACGAGUAUCAUAUCGUUCCACUGUAAGUUAACCAUCUUUACCUUUCUUAUUUAUUUAACGACGGUGUUAAACCUGUCGGGAGCUCAAAAGAAAAAUGAAAAUAAAGCAAACUUUGUUUAAAAAAAAAACAGGAAAAAAUUAUGAUCUCCAUAGCCCCCCCUCCAACCCAUGAAUUAAUGAAUGGCCUCUUAGUGACCACCCUUUAUCACAACCACAUUAAAUUAUUUUCACUUGAAAAUCCUUAAUAACAUAAUGGUUAUGUUAUUAUCUUUUUCAAAACCCUCCUCAGUGUGAAAGCCCGGAAUUUUUACAAACAAGUUUUAUGAGCCAAGCUUCAUAUUAAUAGGAUUUGUUACAUUAAAAAAUUGGUGUAACUGCUAGAAAAACUUCAUGCUUCCACCACAGUCAGACGGUUUAUAUUUUGAACCCCUUUCUCACCCAACACACACACAAACAAACCCCACAGAAAAAUUCCGCUUCACAUUUAAUUUAGACCCUCUUUCUUUGAAACUUCUGCUGACCCUAUCUUGAGGGUAGAAAUGGAUAUAUUCUGGAAUCAGCUAUUGUGAGUAUGUGUAGCACUGGUGAGGGUAUUUGUUUGACCUCUUUUGACAUAGGGCCAAGGUAUAUAAACAGUCCAAAGUAGUUUUAUAGGUUUUUAUGCUUUUUGAAAAAAGUGAUUUUGCUCUAAAAUAGGGUUAAGUUUUGAAGAAGCAUUCCACAUAGAUGGUUAAAAUUAAGCUUAAGAAAUAAAUGCAAGAGACUUGUUAUCUGUUUAAUUAAAUUUGAUAUCUACAAGUGUGUGUCUUUAACAAAAUGUAGAUAAAAAAAUAACUUGAUAAGCACUUCAAAAUGGAUCUUUAGAUAUGUUAAAAAGCUUGCAUGUUUUUUGGCCCUAUUUAACAACAGCUCUACCUUUCUCAUUCUCUCCAAGACACCGACAGACUUUUAUAUUCGCUUAAUUCCAAAAGAUGAAUUGCAGUUGAGAGACAGAUCAAGACAGCUCCUCAAUAUUGAUAAACUAGUCUUCAACAAUCAGCUAACAGAUACGGUAUGAGUAGAUUAUAAUGUUAAAUAACAAAAAAUGUCAGUCAAACCUUUCCACAACUGCCAGUUUUUUGUCCAAGUGGACGUACAUUAAUUUUACUCAACCUCAUUCCCAGGGUUGUCUCCUACUUGCUUCGGCAGGACAAAUCAGGGCUCUGAAAAAACUGGAAUUCCAGCUUUUAAUUGUCCUUUGGGCAAGCAGCUCUAACAUUUUGCGUACCCGGGACCACUUCUUGCUCAUCUUAGUUUAUGAUGUUGUUAGAGAAUGACUAUUGCCUGGACCCUUUCUCCACUGCAUAAGUAAACUUUAAAAGUUACUUGCCCAGCAAGAAAAUCUACCUGGACUACAGACCCAGACUACCGAAUGGGACUGUUUCAAGUCCUGCAAGUAUGAGAGACAACCCUGGAAAUGAGUUGGUAAAGGCCUGUCAGUUUACCGAUCUCCCUCUCAUAUUUUAUAUAGUCCAUGACAGCAAUGGCCAUUUGAAAGCAAAAUCUGUAUAAACUGAUGUACUUGCUGUACCUUAAUCACUAUUCUGCAUCAAUAUGUUCUGACCUUUUGAUCCCUCUUUUUUUUCUGUGUGACGUAUUAAAUUUAUUGAUACAUGUAUGCUGUAAUAUGAAGCAUUUUUAAAAACUAAAGAUGCUCCACCCUUUCCCCAAAAUGGUGCCAUAUUUAAAGCUUUACCCACUCCCUUCCUCUCCCCCCUUGUAAUGGCCACAUCUCCACAGCAGCCACUGAGCUCAUAUUGCAAGUGACCAAUGAAAAACCUCUACUGAUUGCUAAUUAUCCUGGUAUGGACUUCUGCAACUUCAGCAGAAGUUUUGGGUUGGGCUGUGAUACAUGGCUGCUUAUCAUGGAAUUUAUUUGCAGGAGCAGUUUGCAAAUGUUACAGCCAUAAGGACUGGAGUGCCAUUGAACCCUGCUAGUUUAGGUGAACCUGUAUUAUACAACAUAGGUAGGUGUAAGUGCGCCCUUCUUGAAUAACUCAAACUAGCCUUCUCUAACAUGUUAAGUGAAGUGCAGAAAUAGGGCAACCUUUCAUUUCAUGUUUCUUUCUAGUUGUUAAAUUUUUCUUCCCCUUCGCAGGGCUGUCAAUCAAUUCUGGGGGUGAGGGAUUUCUCCCACUAGCAUGACCCUGACUAUUUCACAGGAAGAAAACAAACAAACAAACUACAUAAUAAUUGCAUAUAAUACCCAGCAUCUUGACAGUCCUUUAGAAUAUUAUUAUAUAAUUCUUUUGCAAAUUUUGCCCUUGCUUUAAGUUUUAUUUUCCCUUGUUUGAACCUAUUGUUGCAUACAGCAAUACAUACAUGUAUUCAACAAAAAAUAAAAUUGGUACCCAGGAGAAGUGGUAAAGCAUCGUCUCCUGUUUGGUUGGGCACUAUGUGGAGUUCAACUUUGUCCGUAGGAGAGUAGGAGACUUUCUCUUUGGUGAUUCAUAAUCUUUGUUUAUUUUUCAGUUCUGGAGCAGCUAUUUUUUGGUGUUCCAUGGCAUGUCUGGAAACUUGUUGUCCUUGUAAUUGGCAUUAUAAUUAUAACCGUAAGAUGUUUAGUUCCCAGAACAUUAGCAUUUAUUGAAGAAAAUGUGUUGUACAUCCAUAAAAAGAGAUCUAGAUAA